AAAGCGCCUGUCGCUCCCCCCCACCCCUCCGGGGCCUCUACGGCCACCCUGAAUGAUCCAGCCCAGAAACUUCCGCGCGUCUCGCCGUCGGGCCGGCCUUCCUUAGUUGUCAUCGCCGCCGCCGCCGCCGCCGCCGCCAUGGCGUUCACGUUCGCUGCUUUCUGUUACAUGCUGGCGCUGCUCCUCACCGCUGCGCUCAUCUUCUUCGCUAUAUGGCAUAUUAUAGCUUUUGAUGAGCUGAAGACUGACUACAAGAAUCCCAUAGACCAGUGUAAUACACUAAAUCCUCUUGUACUUCCAGAGUAUCUCAUCCAUGCAUUCUUCUGUGUCAUGUUUUUGUGUGCAACAGAAUGGCUUACACUGAGUCUUAAUAUGCCAUUAUUGGCUUACCACAUUUGGAGGUAUAUGAGUAGGCCUGUAAUGAGUGGACCAGGACUCUAUGAUCCCACAACCAUUAUGAAUGCGGAUAUUUUAGCAUAUUGUCAGAAGGAAGGAUGGUGCAAACUAGCGUUUUAUCUUCUAUCCUUUUUUUACUACCUAUAUGGCAUGAUUUAUGUUUUGGUGAGCUCCUAAAGAAUGACAUACAUCAGACUUGAUUCCAGCAAAGUGCAUGCAGAAAAGCCAUAAAGCAAAGGAUUAUCUUUGAAGAAGAAACUGGUAUAAAGAUUUAGCUAUGGAAUCUGAUGAUCAUAGUAAUAAUAGAAGGAAAAGGCCUUCCUCUUCUACUGUUUUCUCCCGUCCAAAAGCAUCUAGUCUUUAAUACUCAUGGACAGACUUUUUCAAUUGGGAUAUUUAAAGUGGCAAGAAUUACAUAUAAGUUAAUGUAACGCAACUGCCUCUGGCUUUUGGACAGUUUUAUUCCUGCCCUCCAUAAGGAUCAGUUGUAUCUUCAGUAAAAAUGUGAAAAUUACUGUCCUUAGUAUAAGAGAGGAUUUCUCCCCUUUUGUUUACUUGGACUUUAUAGUGGCUUAUUUGGAUAAUGGACUUUCAUUCCCCCUGUCAAUUGUAGUCAACGUUUCUAAAACACUGAAUGCUUUUCUGUAUGUUAUCUCUUAGGUAACCUCUGUGUGUCACGUAGAUGAAUACAUAAGUACAACUGCAGGAAGAGUUGUAGUUCUAUUUUUACUAUUAGGAUAUUCUCCAGUAAUAUGCAUGAAACAUUUUCCUAUUAACAUGAAACACUGAGCUUUAAUUUCCCAGGCUAAAUGGAUGUUAGGAAAAGUAGAGCUCAUUAUUAACAUGAAACAUUGAGCUGACUAUUCCUUGCUUUAGUUUUCCAGACUACAUGAAUAUUAGGAAAAGUAUUUUCAUUUUUAUUUCAUAUUUAAAAAAAACCUCUGCAAUUGUCUUAAACUGCCAUACAUCUGAAACCAAUUUAAUAAAACAUCAUUUUGAGAAUGCAAGGCAUAUAUUUUGAGUUAUACAUGCCAUAGGGUUUGGCAAAUUUAUUUGCUAUGUCACACAAUAAAAAUCUCCAAGAGAUUUAAAUAUUAACAUUUCAGACAUAAGCAAGUGGUUAGCUGUUGAGCAAGCAUGAAUACAAUUCUGUGGAUUGUUUAACAACUGCUGAUUUCUGGGAGUUUUACAUUGGUAAACUUUGCUAUGGUCCUAAAAGAAAACGCUAUGUGUAAGCAAGAAUAUUGUCUUUGGAACAAGUUAUUUAAGUUUUCAUUCUGAAAGAAAUUUUUAAAUCAUGUACUUUUCAAUUUAAAGCACUUUGGAAAAUGGAUAAACUCGGGAGAAAAAAGAUGAUUAAAAUAGACGGAAUUUUAUUCACCCUGUUAAAAGCAUUUUAAUCUAUUCAUGAUGGGACUUCCCUUUGCAGUUGAAAAUAAGGGAGCUACAAGAUUACAAAAACUCUUUUGGGUGCAAAUGAGUGAGCUUUAUUUCAUUUAGGUUCAUAAAAAUGGGUGAAAAGAAUGAAUAUGGAGAACUUUAAUUAGAAACAGUCCAUCAAAAUUUCUGAGCAUUUUGAAAAGCUGCGAAGCUGACUUCUUUAAAAUGAGUUGAGUUUGCCAAAAUGAUAGGGAACACAUGUGUCCAGAUUCUGUUAUGAGAGCUGUGUACAUUUCUUGUCACCAUCUUCAACAUCAGAGUAUUUAGGCUAGUGCUUGAUGUAAAAAUUAUGUUCAUGCAAUGCAGCAGUUUCUAGAUAUGCAAGUUACUGUGGAAGACCUCUGUAAUUAUCCACAUCACUCCUUUAAAUAUGCGAGAUAUCCUUAGUGAUAUGUUCACAUGGAAAAGUAUUUCAAUAUUUUCUCUUUUAUAGUAGCACUGAAUUUUUACAUGAACUUGAAUGCUAACUGCACCAUUGUGCUGCCUAUUUGGGAGACCUGCAGCAUUUUAAGAAUAAAAGUAAUGGAUUGUCAUGCAUAUUACGACCUUUGGUAUUGGAACUUAUAUUACAGAAUGCGUAAUGAGUCACAAGCUGGAUAAGGCCUCUUGCUUAUUUAAACUCAUCACC